AUGUCAAACGGCGACGUCUUGCACGUAGUGCUAUUUCCAUGGCUGGCCUUCGGCCAUCUCAUUCCCUUUGCUCGACUCGCCAUUUGCUUGGCCCAAAAGGGCUUCAAAGUUUCCUUCAUAUCAACCCCAAGAAACCUCAGGAGAAUCCCCAAAAUAUCCCCACAUCUCUCCUCCGUCGUCAGCCUCGUCGGCGUUUCUCUGCCUCUUGUUGACGGUCUUCCGGUCGCCGCCGAAGCUUCCUCCGACGUACCGUACAACAAGCAACAGCUACUGAAGAAGGCCUUCGACUCUUUGGAAUCGCAAUUGGCCGAUUUGCUUCGUGAUUUAAAUCCCGAUUGGAUUAUUUAUGAUUACGCCUCUCAUUGGAUUUCGCCUCUCGCGGCGGAGCUGCGUAUUUCGUCUGUUUUCUUCAGUCUCUUCACCGCCGGUUUCCUUGCCUUCCUCGGCCCGCCGUCGGAGCUUUCCAAUGGCAGAGGUUCUCGGUCAACGGUGGAGGAUUUUAUGGAGGUUCCUGAGUGGAUGUCCCAUGGAUCGAACCUCCGUUUUCGGUACCAUGAGUUAAAAACAUCCUUAGAUGGAGCAAUCGGCAAUGAAUCGGGAACGUCCGAUUCGGUCCGCUUUGGAGUUUCGAUCGAAGAGAGUGUUGCUGUGGCCGUAAGAAGCUCUCCGGAACUUGAGCCGGAAUCGUUCGACUUGCUGACAAAGCUCUACCAGAAACCAGUCAUUCCGAUUGGAUUUCUACCUCCGUUAACGGAAGACGUGAAGGAGUUGAGCGAAGAUAUCGAGCAAUGGUUGAAGAAACAGAAAACGAAUUCAGUCCUGUACGUUUCAUUCGGAACUGAGGCGUUUCUAAGUCAAGAAGACGUCACCGAAUUAGCCUACGGGCUAGAUCAAUCUGAGAUUCCAUUUUUGUGGAUUUUAAGAACUUCACAUCGGAACGAGUCAGAAAUGUUACCCGCCGGAUUCAAAGAGCGAAUUUCAGGUCGAGGAUUGGUUCACGAGGGAUGGAUCUCGCAGGUGAAGGUACUGAGUCACGACUCGGUUGGCGGUUGUUUGACUCACUGCGGAUGGAACUCGAUCAUCGAAGGACUCGGAUAUGGACGAGUCAUGAUUAUGUGUCCUGUUGUGAACGAUCAAGGAUUGAACGCAAGGAUAUUGGAGAAGGAAAUGGUCGGGAUUGAGAUUGAGAGGAAUGAGAGAGAUGGAUCAUUCACACGUGAAUCGGUUUCAGAAUCGGUGAGGUCGGCCAUGGCGGAAGGAUCAGGUGGAGGGAAGUUGUUGAGAGAGAGGGCAAUGGAAAUGAAAGGGUUGUUUGGAAACGGAGAUAAGAAUGAACGUGACCUGGAUAAGCUUGUGGACUUUCUCAAGACAAAUAGGAAGAACGCAGCCUAG